CGAAAACGCAUGACCCUCUGGUCGGAUGGAGGCGGCCAUGCAAUUGAACUCUUUCAUUUGUUUGCUCGCGGUUCAGCCAACUCGAUUUUUUUUUUGUUUUUGUGCGUUUUUUUUUCGGAUUAAAUCGCGAUUUUUUCCGUCAUUUUAACGGCCUACUCGACGGCGACAUGUCGUGUUUUUUCGAAAACUGGUGUCGUUUGGUGAAAUAAUGUCCGUUAGAAAUAAUAAGCACGCGAAAAUGUGGAAAACCUUCCAGUUUUUCCUGUUCUUCAAAAUAAACUUCACUUUCGCCAAGCUGGCCGGCGAUCACGUUUGCCUGACGGAAGAAACGUACCCUGUAAACGUUACAGAGUGGUACGAAAAAAAUGCCACGGUGAGGAACUACCGAUGGUGCUACAACGUACCGCCGAGGUGCUCUUAUUACACUUUGAAGCGAAUUAACGAUACCAGAAUCGUUGAGAAAAACGAAACGAUUACGGUGGAAAAAUGCUGCCCGGGUUUCCUGGAAAAGGAAAACCACUGCGUAUCCUCGUGUCCUUUAUGCAAAAAUGGCGUCUGCGAAAAUGGCAUUUGCAAUUGCUUGCCAGGAUACAAAGGACAUUCCUGCGAACUGGAUUGUCCCAGGGGCGAAUGGGGCCCGAAUUGCUCGAGAUCCUGCAAUUGUCCCAACGAAUGCGACCCGAAAACCGGAAUUUGUUCAGAACAAACCACCAAAAAUCCACCCAUCAUCACCACACAAACAUCCCCCGGAACCACAAUCAAAGAGGAACCAACAAGGGAACCUACUAUCAUAGAGGAACAAACCAGAACAACCACAAAACCUCCCUUAUUCACAACAAUAGAACAACUACACAGUACAACUACAAAAUCUCCUGUUACAACAAUCGAAGAGGAACAAAUUGGGACAACUGCGAAAUCUUCUAGUACCACAAGCAAAGAGGAACAACUUAGAAUAACUGCAAAAUCUUCUAGUACCACAAGCAAAGAGGAACAACUUAGAACAACUGGAAAAUCUUCAAGUACCACAAGCUACGAAGAACAAAUUAGAACAACAACAUCAUCGGGUAGUACUGUAAAAGAGGAACAAACGAAGAAAAAUCUUGGGCCGAUCGUGACCAAACAGGGCCUACUUAUACCCGUGGAAAUCCAAUACGAGCUCAAGCAGAAACCCACGACCUACUCGACUGUGCGAGAUAAAAACUUUCUGGAAAUGUCGAACGAGGAAUAUUCGAACCGGCAAAUGUCGAUGAAUAACAAUUUUCCCGCCGACGAAUUCGCCCUAUUCGGCAUCACCGUGUUGCUCGCUCUGAUGCUCAUCGUCGCCGUGUUGACCGGCAAUUUUCUGAGAAAGAGGAAAAAGAAGAAUUUUUCGCAGAACGGAAAGCGCCACCUGUCGGCGUUUUCCGCUAGUAUAUUUCACUCGCCUUUACCGGAUCCGCCGGUGACGGAGAAUCCGCUGUAUAUGAAUCCCGUGAAAUGUCAAGGCGACAAAGAUUUGCCCGCAUUCGAAACGAGAAUAAUUUGCAACGUUAAUAACACGCCGAACGCCGUUGAAAUCGAGUACGAUCAUCCCCCUUCGAUCGUAAACGUCAAACGCGCCCCGUUGGCUGAUGCAGCUAAUAUGACGAGGCCAGUGGAUGAUCGUUCGAUAAUCGAACCGGUGUACGAUGAAAUUCCGCAGAAGGACGAUGUCCAGCAGGAUAAUUCUACAUUAGAUAUUUAUAUAAACACUUGCGGGAGAACAAAGUUUUGAGUACAAUUUUUGGGUAGUUUUUUUCUUCUUUUCUUAGUGUAUCUGUAUCCGAUUUUAACUGGGAUGAAUUAAUCGUAAUUUCACUCGUUAAUGUCGAUAUAAAACACGCGAUAUUUCCAUCACAAACGGAGAAAUUGCAAAUCGAAACACAACUGUCAGUUGAUGACGUUUGACGUUAAAUUUCUAACGAGUGCGAGCGAGACGGGUUUAUCGCG